AUGGCUGCCACGUCAUCACCGCCGUGUCAUAUCUCCCUCUCGUUCCUCCGUAAUCUUCCUCCUUGCGCAACUGUUCAGCUCGUCGGGUUCUCAUCGACGGUUUGGACCCACCGUAAACUUGGCGGGUUAACGGUAGCCCGGAAUAAUCUGGCGCAGGAUUUUCUCGGGGAUUUCGGAGCUCGUGACCCUUACCCGGAGGAGAUAGCAAGUCAGUUCGGUGAUAAAGUGUUGGGGAAUCAAAGCACUGAGCACAAGAUUCUGAUUCCGAAUGCUUCUGUUCUCUCUCUCUCGCAGCUCCAAUGUUCCCCUGUUUCGCCUUCUCAGUCUCCUUUAUCCGCCGAUGAUGCCAAAACUCUCCUCCAUAAGGUUUUGGGAUGGAGUAUAGUGGAGGAUAAAGCGGGCGGUCUUAAAAUAAGAUGCAUGUGGAAAGUAAGAGAUUUUAGGUGCGGUGUUGAGCUCAUAAACAGGAUCCAUAAGGUUGCUGAAGCUUCUGGUCAUUACCCUUCUCUCCAUUUGGAAAAUCCUACCCAAGUUAGAGCUGAACUAUCCACCACUUCCAUUGGAGGGUUAAGCAUGAACGAUUUCAUAAUGGCGGCCAAAAUAGAUGAUAUCAAGACUUCUGAUCUUUCCCCUCGGAAAAGAGUUUGGGCAUAA